ACUUUCUGUCAGCCCUGCGCUCCAGAGGGAGGAGAAGGAGAGAGAAAGAGAGAGGGGAGAGAGAAUCAAGGGGCCAUCUGUUUUGUCCCUAUCCUACACUUUUAAAAAGUGUUGUCUCCCCUUUGAGCAGACAGGAUGGAGAACGCACACACCAAAGAAACAGCAGAAUGCCUGGCCUACUUCAGCGUGAGCGAGACCACAGGCCUCGCUCCGGAUCAGGUCAAGAAAAACCAAGACAAGUAUGGAUUCAAUGAGCUGCCCGCUGAAGAAGGUAAGAGCAUCUGGGAGCUGGUGGUUGAGCAGUUUGAAGAUCUCUUGGUCAGGAUCCUGCUGUUGGCUGCUUGCAUCUCUUUUGUACUGGCCUGGUUUGAGGAAGGCGAGGAAACUGUCACUGCCUUUGUCGAGCCAUUUGUCAUCCUUCUCAUCCUUAUUGCUAAUGCUGUCGUUGGAGUAUGGCAGGAGCGCAAUGCGGAGAGCGCCAUCGAGGCUCUGAAGGAGUAUGAGCCAGAGAUGGGUAAAGUCUACCGUGCUGACAGAAAGAGCGUACAGAGGAUCAAAGCCAGAGAGAUUGUUCCUGGAGACAUUGUGGAAGUGUCAGUUGGUGACAAAGUCCCUGCUGAUAUCAGAAUCACCGCCAUCCGCUCCACAACUCUGCGUGUGGACCAGUCUAUCCUCACUGGUGAGUCCGUCAGUGUGAUUAAACACACAGAGUCUGUUCCUGACCCCAGGGCUGUCAACCAGGACAAGAAGAACAUGCUUUUCUCUGGCACUAACAUCGCUUCUGGCAAGGCUAUCGGAGUUGUGGUUGCCACCGCCGUCUCCACUGAGAUCGGUAAAAUCCGUGACCAGAUGGCUGCCACUGAGCAAGAGAAGACCCCCUUGCAGCAGAAGCUGGAUGAGUUCAGUGAGCAGCUCUCCAAAGUCAUUUCCCUCAUCUGUGUGGCUGUCUGGCUCAUCAACAUUGGCCACUUUAACGACCCCGUCCACGGUGGCUCCUGGAUCCGUGGUGCUGUCUACUACUUCAAGAUCGCUGUGGCUCUUGCUGUAGCUGCCAUCCCUGAAGGUCUGCCUGCUGUCAUCACUACCUGCUUGGCUUUGGGAACCCGCCGUAUGGCUAAGAAGAACGCCAUCGUCCGUUCUCUUCCCUCUGUAGAGACUCUGGGCUGCACAUCCGUCAUUUGCUCAGACAAGACCGGCACCCUCACCACCAAUCAGAUGUGUGUUACAAAGAUGUUCGUCAUUGAGAAGGUGGACGGAGACUCUGUGACUCUUGACCAGUAUGACAUUUCUGGAUCCAAGUACACACCAGAGGGAGAAGUUACUAAGGGUGGACUUCCUGUCAAGUGUGGUCAGUAUGAUGGCCUUGUUGAGCUGGCAACCAUCUGCGCCUUGUGCAAUGACUCCUCUCUGGACUACAAUGAGUCGAAAGGAAUCUAUGAGAAAGUGGGUGAAGCUACAGAGACCGCCCUGUGCUGCCUGGUUGAAAAGAUGAACGUGUUCAACACUGAUGUCCGUGGUCUGUCCAAGGUGGAGAGAGCCAACACAUGCUGCACUGUGGUCAAGCAGCUUAUGAAGAAGGAAUUUACUCUUGAGUUCUCCCGUGACAGGAAGUCCAUGUCCGUCUAUUGCUCCCCUGCAAAGGCCUCCAAGGCCCCUGUUGGAAACAAGAUGUUUGUCAAGGGUGCUCCGGAGGGUGUGAUUGACAGAUGCGCCUAUGUGCGUGUUGGAACCACCCGUGUGCCCCUGACUGGUCCAGUUAAGGAUAAGAUCAUGGCUGUGAUCAAGGAAUGGGGAACUGGCCGUGAUACCCUGCGCUGCCUGGCACUGGCAACCCGUGACAACCCUCUGAGAAAGGAGGAGAUGAACCUGGAGGACUCCACCAAGUUUGCUGAAUAUGAGACUGAUCUCACCUUCGUGGGUUGCGUUGGUAUGCUGGAUCCUCCUCGUAAAGAGGUUGUUGGAUCCAUUGAGCUGUGCAGGGCUGCUGGUAUCCGUGUGAUCAUGAUCACAGGUGAUAACAAAGGUACUGCUGUGGCUAUCUGCCGCCGUAUUGGCAUCUUCAGUGAUGAUGAGGAUGUGACAGGCCGUGCUUUCACUGGCCGUGAGUUUGAUGACCUGCCACUGGCCCAGCAGAGAGAGGCUGUGCGUAAGGCCUGCUGUUACGCUCGUGUUGAGCCCUCCCACAAGAGCAAGAUCGUUGAGUUCCUUCAGGGUUUUGAUGAGAUCACUGCCAUGACUGGUGAUGGUGUGAAUGAUGCUCCUGCCCUGAAGAAGGCAGAGAUUGGCAUUGCCAUGGGCUCUGGCACUGCUGUUGCCAAGUCAGCCUCUGAGAUGGUCCUGGCCGAUGACAACUUCUCCAGCAUCGUGGCUGCCGUUGAGGAGGGCAGAGCCAUUUACAACAACAUGAAGCAGUUCAUCCGCUACCUCAUCUCCUCCAACGUCGGAGAGGUCGUGUGUAUCUUCCUGACUGCUGCUCUUGGUCUUCCUGAGGCUCUGAUCCCAGUUCAGCUUCUGUGGGUGAACCUGGUGACUGACGGUCUUCCUGCCACCGCUCUGGGAUUCAACCCCCCCGAUUUGGACAUCAUGGGCAAGGCUCCCCGCUCCCCCAAAGAGCCCCUCAUCUCUGGCUGGCUCUUCUUCAGAUACCUGGCCAUUGGAGUUUAUGUUGGUGCUGCAACUGUCGCUGCUGCUGGCUGGUGGUUCCUUUACUGCGAAGAUGGCCCCAUGGUUUCUUUCUACCAGCUGUCCCACUUCAUGCAGUGCACUGCUGAGAACGAGGACUUUGCUGGCAUUGAAUGUGAGGUGUUCGAGGCUGCUCCUCCCAUGACAAUGGCUCUGUCUGUCCUGGUCACCAUUGAGAUGUGCAACGCUCUAAACAGCUUAUCUGAGAAUCAGUCUCUGCUGCGUAUGCCUCCGUGGAGCAAUGUAUGGUUGGUGGGAGCCAUGAGUCUCUCCAUGUCUCUUCACUUCAUGAUCAUCUAUGUGGACCCUCUGCCCAUGAUCUUCAAGCUAACCCAUCUCAGCUUGGACCAGUGGAUCGUUGUUCUGAAGCUUUCCUUCCCUGUCAUCCUUAUUGACGAGCUGCUUAAGUUUGUUGCCCGUAACUAUUUGGAGCCCUAAUCCUGUCCCCCUCCAUAUUCCUGUAACAAAGCAAGAGAAAGAUGAGAAUCUAGUGUCCAAAAAGUGGGACUGAAAAAGCGAAGAAGAAAUGAGCAAAACAGCACUCCAAAGCAGAAAAAUUAAGUUCGCCAGGAGUGAAAACGAAAACCACUGUGAACCAGUGAAUCCAUCAUGGAUUUAUCAUCCAUAAAAUCUAAAACCUUAUAGAACAAAGGAAAAAAAUAUUUAAGUAAAAUGUGUUAUGUAUAUGUAUUAAGACUUAAUUUAAUAUAUAUAUUGUUAUGAACGGU